AGCCCAUGCCCACUCAACAGAGUCAACACUCCCAUCCCAGAGAGUUUGUCAAAACCACCGCCAUUCCCAAUUUCAAUCUCGGAAUUUCAAAACCCUAGACCUCACGUUCGCUCAAUCUCCUCUCCCACAAACCACCAUUAUUCCUAAUUCCUCCAAUUCCUCAAUCCAAUAUUCAGAACCCUAACAAUCAGGGCUCCACGAUCUCGCACCGAUGGGGACGAUCCUCGGCGACGCGCUCCGACAGGCGUUCAUGCCGAAGCACGAGUACGAAACCCUACGCGAAGAGGACAGAGCGUGGCUCCGUCUCCAGAAACCCCUCUCGGUAUGCACUUUAUCCUUGGUGUCACUCGCAAUUCUCGCCUCCACUUGGAUCAGCUUGGGCAUAGUGUUCCCCCGCGACGCCUUGGACCGGCCGUUUUGCGCCAAUAUGCAGCGGCUCCGGCCGCUGUCGAUCAACGGCAGCUCCUCGGAUCUUUUUCCGAGGGCGUUUUACCUUACGGAUCAGGAAACCGUGGAUUACUACAGGAUGGUUGUGUUCGUUCCUUCUGCUUUGGUUUUCUUUGUCUCGGUGGUCUAUCUUGUUGCAGGUUGGACAAUUGGAUCAUUGUUGCUUCCACUGCUCCAACAAGACAUUGGUGUUUGACGGUGGUUGAGAACAACUAUUGUGCCUCAAAAAGGGGUGGAGUACGCUGCUUAUCCAUUCUAAACGUUGUUUUCGCUAUCAUUUUUGGUCUUCUGGCACUAUUUCUUGGUUCAACUCUCCUCACACUGGGGAGCAGCUGCUCCGUGCCUUUGUUUUGGUGCUAUGAGAUAGCCUCAUGGGGUUUGGUCAGCCUUCAUGGGGCAACUGCCUUCUUCCUUAGAAGGAAAGCAGCUCUAGUUCUUGACGAAAGCAAUUUUGCGGGUCAGAAUAUAGGGUUAGAAAUGUUGGAAGCAAAUCCACUGGAAGUCACACCGGACGUGCAGAGGCGUGUUAGUGAAGGUUUUAAGUCGUGGAUGGGGUCCUCUUAUUUGUCCUCCGAUGAGGAGGAUGAACAAACUGAUGACUACCAAGAAGCUCAUCUAAUCAGAACAAACUCGAACAGGCAAAGAGUGUGAUUGAUUCUUUCAGCUGACUUUUGGAUUUUCGACGGUAGUCAGAAUUCUAUCUUGAAAGGCUGAAGGCGCCAAUUUUACGAGAUGUAACUGGUUCAUUAUACGGAGCAAGGCUCAUGACACGGCUUGUAUAUGUGUUAGGAUGAGUAGGUAGUUGUUGUGUAUGUCGUGGAUAUUGUCCAUACUUUGUAGAAAGUUAUCCUCAUGGCUACAAGCUUAAUUGGUUCAUUCUGUACUAGAUCUUGAAAUCCUGCUAAUUUUGACUGAUGAAUCAUUGAAUAUUCUCGAACUCGUCGUUACUAAAA